UGCAUACAUUCUAUCAGCAGGAGACAGUACAGAGCUCUGAAGGAUGGCAGAUGAGCGGAAAGAUGAAGGAAAGGCGCCACACUGGACGUCAGCCCCACUGACAGAGGCAGCUGCACACCCUCACCCUCCAGAGAUGAAGGACCAAGGCGGGGCAGGGGAAGGGCUGAGCCGCAGCGCCAAUGGAUUUCCAUACAGAGAGGAGGAGGAGGGCGCCUUUGGGGAGCACGGGUCACAGGGCACCUAUUCAGAUACCAAAGAGAACGGGAUCAACGGAGAGCUGACCUCAGCGGACAGAGAAACAGCAGAGGAGGUGUCUGCCAGGAUAGUUCAAGUAGUAACGGCUGAAGCUGUAGCAGUCCUGAAAGGUGAACAAGAGAAGGAAGCCCAACACAAGGACAAACCUGCAGCUCUGCCAUUAGCAGCUGAGGAAACAGCUAAUCUGCCACCGUCCCCACCACCGUCGCCAGCCUCAGAACAAACAGCUGCAGUGGAGGAAGAAGAAGAAACUCUAGAGGGUGCGAUGGCUGAGGAAAUGAAACCUACUGCUCUUCCUGGGAAAGAGUGUGGGGCUGCUCAGGCCUCAGAUCACCCCCAGGGCCUCAGUGAGGGCCGCGAGGAGUCUAGUACAGAGGCGCAGAUAGUUCCAGAAGAAAGUGCCCUGGCAGGGACUCCUCAUGAGAAAAGUGUAAAAGAGGUCACAGAAGUGGCUCCAGAAGUAAAAAUCCCUUCCUCUGCCAAGGAAGAUUUACUUACAGCCUCGAAGAUGGAAUUCCCUGAGCAGCAGAAAUUGCCUUCCUCUUUCGCUGAGCCUUUAGACAAGGGAGAAAAAGAGUUCAAGAUGCAAAGUAUGCCUGGUGAAGACUUUGAACAUGCUGCCUUAGUUCCUCAGCCAGAGACAACUAAAAUCCCCCAUGAUAAAAAGGAUCUCGAAGGCACGGAAGGAGAAAAGUCGCCUCCCAUUUCGUUUGCGCACACUUUUGGUACCAACCUGGAAGAUGUAAAACAGAACCCAGAGGCAAGUGUAGCAGUACCUAGCAUUGGCCUCUCUGCAGAGCCUCUAGCCCCAAAAGAGCAGAAAGACUGGUUUAUCCAAAUGCCAAUGGAAUCAAAGAAGGAUGAAUGGGGUUUAGCUGCCCCGAUAUCUCCUGGUCCGUUGACACCCAUGAGGGAAAAAGAUGUCCUAGAGGACAUCCCGAGAUGGGAAGGGAAGCAGUUUGACUCUCCCAUGCCAAGUCCCUUUCAUGGUGGAAGUUUCACUCUUCCUUUAGAUACUAUGAAGAGUGAGAGAGUCACAGAAGUGGCACGACCCUUUGCCCCUGUCUUCUUCCAACCAGAUGACAAACCAUCUCUGCAGGACACCAGUGGCCUAGCUACUGCCAAAGAGAGUUCCAGAGAUGAGGAGCUACAGGAUAGGGCAGACAAAGGGGCAGAUGUUCCAGUCUCAGAAGCUGCCGCUUUACCCAAAGAUGUUCGUAGUUCAGUUAUGGAAGGCUAUGUCAGGGAUGUCAUCUCAGGGGAAGAAAAGAGUGCCACAAAUCAAGAGAAAAGGGAGACUUCAGCACCCAGGGGACAGGAACUUACACUCACUGAAAAUGAACCACUGACAAAGCUUGAAGAAAACUCAAUGGUUUCCAUUGAAAAGGCUGUGGCAAAAGAACACGAACCCCUGGAGUUGAGAGAUGACAAAACAGAAGAGUUUCAAAUCUCUACUGAGCAUCCCUUCUCCAAAGAAGAAUGGAAAAGCCAAGAACAGGCAGCUGAUGAGUUAAAACAGGACUCCUUCCCUAUAGGUCUAGAGCAAGCAGUUACAGAUACAGCCAUGGCCUCCAAGACCUUGGAAAAAGUUACAUCUGAGCCAGAGGCAGUAAGUGAAAAGAGAGAAACCCAGGGACUUUUUGAGGAGAACAUACCUGACAAAGAUAAGUUGGAAGGAGUUGGGCCUGCCACCAUAAGUGAGGUUGACGUGCCAUUUUAUGAAGAUAAGUCCGGGAUGUCCAAGUACUUCGAAACGUCUGCACUGAAAGAAGAAGAGACAAGAAGCGGACAGUUAGGCAGUGAUUACUAUGAGCUGAGUGAUGCGAGAGGAAGUGCCCAGGAAUCUCCUGAUACUGCAUCUCCCAAGAAUCAACAUGAUGAAAAGGAACUUCCGGCAAAAGAGUCUCAGCCCAGUGCCCCAGUACAGGAAGCAGGGUACAGCACUCUGGCCCAGGGUUAUCCAUCUGACUAUCCAUCUGAGUUACCUGAAGAACCAAGCUCUCCUCAAGAAAGAAUGUUCACUAUUGACCCAAAAGUUUAUGGGGAGAAGAGGGGCCUUCACAGUAAGAAUAAGGAUGAUCUGACCCUGAGUCGGAGUUUAGGGCUUGGUGGCAGGUCUGCAAUAGAACAAAGAAGUAUGUCCAUCAACUUGCCCAUGUCUUGCCUUGACUCCAUUGCCCUUGGCUUUAACUUUGGCCGGGGCCAUGAUCUCUCCCCUCUGGCUUCUGAUAUUCUAACCAACACUAGCGGAAGCAUGGAUGAAGGAGAUGAUUAUCUGCCCCCCACCACACCCGCAGUGGAGAAAGCCCCUUGCUUUCCAGCAGAGAGCAAAGAGGAAGAAGGGAAGACAGAGGAAGCAAAGGUGACUGGAGAGCAAACUACUCGAGUUGAAUCAUCUUCUGAGUCACCCUUCCCAGCCAAAGAAUAUUACAAAAAUGGUGCCGUCAUGGCCCCCGACCUGCCUGAGAUGCUAGAUCUGGCAGGGACCAGGUCCAGAUUAGCUUCUGUGAGUGCAGAUGCCGAGGUCGCCAGGAGGAAGUCAGUCCCAUCAGAGGCUGUGGCUGCUGAGAGUAGGACAGGCUUGCCACCUGUCGCUGACGAAAACCAAGUCACUGUAAAACCAGACAGUCAACUUGAGGACAUGGGAUACUGUGUGUUUAACAAAUACACAGUCCCUCUCCCAUCACCAGUUCAAGACAGCGAGAAUCUGUCAGGAGAGAGUGGUUCGUUUUAUGAAGGAACUGAUGACAAGGUCCGUAGAGAUUUGGCCACUGACCUUUCACUGAUUGAAGUGAAGCUUGCAGCUGCUGGAAGGGUCAAAGAGGAGUUUGCUCCCGAGAAAGAGGCAUCUCCUCCCACGUCUGUGGACAAAACAGGACUGAGUAGGGAGUUUGAUCAUGACAGGAAAGCUAGUGACAAACUGGAUACUGUCCUAGAGAAGAGUGAAGAGCAUGUUGAUUCAAAAGAACAUGUCAAGGAGACAGAAGAGGCCAAGGAUAACGUAGAGCUCUUUGGCUUAGGUGUAACCUAUGAGCAGCCAUCCACCAAAGACCUGACAACAGCAGCUAAAGAUAUAUUACCUGAGAAAGAAGACAAAGUUCUCAGUUCGGUGCCAGAGGUAGCUGAGGUAGAGCCAACCAGCAAAGGUGAUCAAGGUCUAGAUUUUGCUGCAAAGAAAGCUGAGCAGAGUCAGUUAGAUAUUAAAGUCAGUGACUUUGGGCAGAUGGCAUCCGGGAUGAACAUAGACGCUGGGAAGGCCGCAGAGCUUACAUUUGAGGUUGCAACCCAAGAAUCAGAUUCAUUCCUGGGUGUUGAGUCUGGCCAUACAAAAGAAGGUGUCAAACUCAAUGAAACGGAAGUCAAGGAGAAGGUAGCAAAGCCUGACUUGGUGCAUCAGGAGGCAGUUGACAAAGAAGAGUCCUACGAGUCCAGUGGUGAGCACGAGAGCCUCACUAUGGAGUCCCUGAAGCCUGACGAAGGCAAGAAGGAAAUAUCUCCGGAGUCGUCGCUCAUUCAAGAUGAAGUCGCCCUCAAACUGUCUGUGGAAAUCCCUUGCCCACCUCCUGUUUCAGAGGCUGAUUCAUCCACUGAUGAGAAAGCUGAGGUCCAAAUGGAAUCUAUUCAGCUGCCAAAGGAAUCGAGCACAGAGACUCCAGAGAUACCCGCCAUACCUUCUGAUGUCACCCAGCCACAGCCUGAAGCAAUUGUGUCCGAUCGAGCAGAGGUCCCAAGUGAAGAAGAAGAGAUAGAAGCUGGGGGAGAAUAUGACAGACUUCUCUUCCGCUCAGAUACCCUCCAGAUCACUGACCUGGUUGUCCCCGGAAGUAGGGAGGAAUUUGUGGAGACCUGCCCAGGUGAACACAAAGGUGUGAUUGAGUCUGUGGUAACCAUUGAGGAUGACUUCAUCACUGUAGUGCAAACCACAACCGAUGAAGGAGGGGAGUCGGGGUCCCACAGUGUGCGCUUUGCGGCGCUAGCUCAGCCUGAGGAAGAAAGGAGGCCAUGCCCGCACGAGGAAGAACUUGAAGUAGAAAUGGCAGCGGAAGCCCAGGCAGAACCCAAGGAUGGCUCUCCAGAUGCUCCAGCUACCCCUGAGAAAGAAGAGGUUGCAUUCUCAGAGUAUAAAACAGAAACCUAUGACGAUUACAAAGAUGAGACCACCAUUGAUGACUCCAUCAUGGAUGCCGACAGCCUGUGGGUGGAUACUCAAGAUGAUGAUAGAAGCAUCAUGACAGAACAGUUAGAAACUAUUCCUAAAGAGGAGAAAGCUGAGAAGGAAGCUCGGAGGCCAUCUCUUGAGAAACAUAGAAAAGAAAAACCUUUUAAAACCGGGAGAGGCAGAAUUUCCACUCCUGAAAGAAAAGUAGCUAAAAAGGAACCUAGCACGGUCUCCAGGGAUGAAGUGAGAAGGAAAAAAGCAGUUUAUAAGAAGGCUGAACUUGCUAAAAAAACAGAAGUUCAGGCCCACUCUCCUUCCAGGAAAUUCAUUUUAAAACCUGCUAUCAAAUACACUAGACCAACUCACCUCUCCUGUGUUAAGCGGAAAACCACAGCAGCAAGUGGUGAAACGGCUCAGGCUCCCAGUGCAUUUAAACAGGCGAAGGACAAAGUCCCUGAUGGACUAACCAAGAGCCCAGAAAAGCGUUCCUCCCUCCCAAGACCUUCCUCCAUCCUCCCUCCUCGCAGAGGUGUGUCAGGAGACAGAGAGGAGAACUCCUUCUCUCUGAACAGCUCCAUCUCUGCAGCACGACGGACCACCAGGUCAGAGCCAAUUCGCAGAGCAGGAAAGAGUGGCACCUCAACACCUACCACCCCUGGAUCUACUGCUAUCACACCUGGUACUCCCCCCAGCUACUCUUCACGUACCCCAGGCACCCCGGGGACCCCCAGCUAUCCCAGGACACCAGGAACCCCCAAGUCUGCCAUCUUGGUGCCCAGUGAGAAGAAAGUUGCCAUCAUUCGCACUCCUCCAAAGUCCCCAGCCACUCCCAAGCAGCUUCGGCUUAUUAACCAACCCCUGCCAGACUUGAAGAAUGUCAAAUCCAAAAUCGGGUCAACUGACAACAUCAAAUACCAGCCUAAGGGGGGACAGGUUAGGAUUUUAAACAAGAAGAUCGAUUUUAGCAAAGUUCAGUCAAGAUGUGGUUCCAAGGAUAACAUCAAACAUUCUGCUGGGGGCGGAAAUGUACAAAUUGUUACUAAGAAGAUAGACUUAAGCCAUGUGACAUCCAAAUGUGGCUCUCUGAAGAACAUUCGUCAUAGGCCAGGUGGUGGACGUGUGAAAAUUGAGAGUGUAAAACUGGAUUUCAAGGAAAAGGCUCAAGCUAAAGUUGGUUCACUUGACAAUGCUCAUCACGUACCUGGAGGUGGUAACGUGAAGAUUGACAGCCAAAAGUUAAACUUCAGAGAGCACGCAAAGGCUCGCGUAGACCACGGGGCUGAGAUCAUCACACAGUCCCCAAGCAGGUCAAGCGUGGCCUCCCCCAGACGGCUCAGCAACGUCUCCUCUUCUGGAAGCAUCAACCUGCUCGAAUCCCCUCAGCUUGCCACUUUGGCUGAGGACGUCACUGCUGCGCUUGCUAAGCAGGGCUUGUGAAUACUUCUCCUUUAGCGCUGGAGUCAUAUUUAGGCAUGAGCUCGUGGCAGGAGUGGGCUCUGAGCAGGUGUCAUGUUCAUUCUUUACAAACCAUAGAUAAAUAAUCUCAUCUCCAAACUGUAGUAAUUGUUACAAUUUUAUAUUUAAAAA